GAGCACACACGCGCUUGUAGGCGGUCGGGAAACUCUCUACCUGAGCUAGGUUAAGGCUGUUUGGGUUUUAUGAUGAGAAAUUGCCCUCAAGUCAUCUCAUUGAGCUAGCCAUACAUUGUGUAUGUAGAUGUAUAACUAAAUGUGUGGUAUAUAUACAGAUAGAGAAAUUUCAACGAAAACAGACACAAUUUGGAUUUCGGAAGCGACCGUUUGGACUUAAUAUCUCUCGGACUGUCUCGUGUUACCUGGCCAAAACUCUAUACCUUAUAUCGGAAAUCAUGAAGAACUCGGCGUAUGAAAUGAAUGAGAAGAACGACAGGGAUCCAAGUUACUAUAACGGAAGCCAAGUGACAGAGUCCAGUGGUGACCUCGCUAGUUCCAGUGAAGCACAAGAAGAUCGUGGAGAAUGGGGAAGCAAGUGGGAGUUCAUUCUGUCCUGCAUUGGUCUAUCCGUGGGUCUUGGCAACGUGUGGAGGUUUCCGUAUUUAGCGUACGACAACGGCGGAGCCGCUUUUGUGAUAGCAUAUCUAGUGCUUCAAUUUCUGAUCGGCAAACCCAUGUACUUCAUGGAGCUUGUGAUGGGACAGUAUUCGGGGAAGGGACCCACAGGUGUCUGGAACAUGAAUCCUUGCGCAAAAGGUAUCGGUAUAUCUAUGGCGUUGAUAUCUCUGGUGGUGGCCAUUUAUUAUAACGUCAUCAUGGCCUACACGCUUUUCUACUUCUUCUCGUCUAUGCAAAAGACAUUACCAUGGACCGUUUGUAAACCGGAAUGGCUGCCAGAAGGCUGCGUGGAGCGGACAGUGAAGAAGAUGUCUUACUGUGUUGCUAAUAUAACAGUCAAUGAGGCGCUAGGUGUAUGUCGCUGUACAGGCAACGCCACCUAUGACAGUAGUGUGUCUGAUGCAGGAUUCAACUGCACCAACGCCACCUACCAGGGAGAGUCACCCGUCCCUGUGGCACAAUUCUUCUUCGAUCGUGAUGUACUGGAUAAAACUCCCACUCUUAGUAACGACAACAUUGGCGCCCCCAUGUGGAAGCUUGCUCUGUGUCUCCUCCUUUCCUGGAUCGUUGUUGUUCUCUGUCUGAUCAAGGGAGUUAAAUCAUCCGGAAAGGUUGUUUACUUUACUGCCACAUUUCCCUAUGUUAUCCUGCUGAUUCUAUUGGUCCGUGGAGCCACCCUGGAUGGGGCCAUCGACGGGGUUAUCUAUUUUAUCGUCCCUAAAUGGGAAAAACUUUUGGAUGUCAAUGUGUGGGUUGCUGCUGCUGGUCAAAUGUUUUUCUCCCUCAGUGUAUCUUUUGGAGGCAUCAUAAUGUUUGGCAGUUAUAACAAGUUCAGCAACAAUGUUUAUGGCGACGCCAUGUUGAUAGCUGUGAUGGAUAUUGUAACGAGUAUCAUCGCCGGGUUCGUUAUCUUCACUACAUUUGGAGGAAUGGCCAAGGAAAUCGGAGUGGGUGUGGAGGAUGUGGCAAAAUCAGGUUACGGUCUUGCAUUUGUCGCAUAUCCUGAGGCGUUGUCCAACCUGCCACCGUCCCAACUGUGGUCAGUCCUCUUCUUCUUUAUGCUGUUCACCCUAGGACUGGACAGUGAGUUCGCUCUUUUGGAAACUGUUUUGACCUGUAUCCAAGACGAGUUCCCGCACCUCAGGAAGUACAAAAGCCAGAUGUGUGUUGGACUAGGAAUCGCCCUGUACUUCUGCGCAUUACCCUGCGUCACUCCUGCCGGAGACUACAUAGUUGGGUUAAUGGAUCACUACGGGGCCGACUUCUCAGUACUAUUUGUGGCAGCCUGUGAGUGUGUCGCGGUCAUGUGGGUAUAUGGUGCCAAGAGAUUCAUGAAGAAUGUAGAGUAUAUGUUGGGUUAUCCUCCUCGCCCUACGUGGUACUGGUUAUUCUGUUGGAUUGGCUGUUCCCCCAUCCUCAUCGGGGCAUUGUUCAUAUACCGGAUGGUACAGUACAAGCCUAUUGAGAUAUCCAAGGGCGUGCCUUACCCAAUGUACGCGCAGUCGAUAGGCUGGGUACUGACCUGCUGCGUCAUGUGUCCAAUUCCAAUCUAUUUCGUGUAUAAGUUCCUCACCACAGACGGAUCCAUUGGACAAAGAUUACGAACAAUAACCACGCCCACAGAUGCCUGGGGUCCUAACGAUGGUAGUGACAAGGUGAAAAUGUACGAACCUGAACCAGUAAGAAAGUACGGGGUCGACAAUCCCACCUCGACACACAUGUGACAA